AGCCCCGCGCGGCGCCCCCAUGAGCGCCGCGGCGCUCUACAGCCUGGACUCGCCGGCAUGCUAUAGGAGCUGGUGCCCGGAGCCCGCCAACUUCUACGAGGCCAAGGUGGGCAGCGGCGCGCUGAGCCCCGCCUGCAAGGCCGGCGGCCGCGCCGCCUGCGCCAUGAGCGCCGAGGAGGCGGCGGGCGGCCUGGGCGGCGGCGCCAACCUGGCCGAGCUGAGCGCCGCCGCGCCCGCCAUGUACGAGGACGAGAGCGCCAUCGACUUCAGCUCCUACAUCGACUCCAUGUCGGCCGUGCCCAACCUGGAGCUGUGCAACGACGAGCUCUUCGCCGACCUCUUCAACAGCAACCACAAGCCCGAGCGGGGCGGGGACUACGGCGAGUACCUGCCGGGCGGCGGCGGCGGCCGCGACCCCGCCAAGGACCUCGGCGCUGCCAUGAGCUCCCUGCUGGGCGCCGAGCCCCGCACCGCCUCCUCCUCCUCCUCUUCCUCCACCUCCUCCUCCUCCUCCUCCUCGCGCGGCGCCCUGAAGCAGGAGCCGGACUGGAGCGACAGCGACCUGUCCUCCUCGCUGCUGCCCUCGCAGAUCGCCACGUGCGCGCAGACCAUCAUGAACCUGAGCGGGCAGCCCACGCCGCCCACGUCGCCCGAGCCGCCGGGCAGCAGCUCCCCGUCCAGCUGCAGCACCCGCUCGCCGGGCCCCGCGCCCGGGGCCGGGGCCGCGGCCGGGCCCGCGGCGGCGCCGGGCGGCAAGGAGCGCGGCGGCAAGAAGUGCGUGGACAGGUUUAGCCCCGAGUACCGGCAGCGGCGGGAGCGCAACAACAUCGCGGUGCGCAAGAGCCGCGACAAGGCGAAGCGGCGCAACCAGGAGAUGCAGCAGAAGCUGCUGGAGCUCUCGGCCGAGAACGAGAAGCUGCACAAGAAGAUCGAGCAGCUCACGCGGGACUUAACGAGCCUGCGGCACUUCUUCAAGCAGCUGCCCAGCGCCUCCUUCCUGCAGCCCGCCGCGGGCACCGACUGCCGGUAACCGCCCGCCGGCGGCGCGCCGCUCACGGACCGCCUCG